CAGGUAUCGAGAUCACAUCUCUUCAGUUGGAGGAGAAGAGGCUUGUGGCAGAAAUCAAGCAAACAGCUAAAACUGGAAAUGAGGCGGCCACCAAGAUCUUAGCUCGGCAACUUGUUAGAUUGAGGCAACAGAUAACCAACUUGCAGGGAAGCCGUGCUCAAAUCCGGGGUGUAACCACUCAUACACAGGCUUUGUAUGCAAGCACCUCAAUCUCAUCAGGCAUGAAAGGUGCAACCACAGCUAUGGUUGCAAUGAACAAGCAAAUGGCACCGACCAAACAAGCUAAGGUGAUCAAGGAGUUCCAGAAGCAGUCAGCACAACUUGACAUGACGAUAGAGAUGAUGUCAGAGGCAAUUGAUGAAACACUUGACAAAGACGAAGCUGAAGAAGAAACCGAAGAUCUAACUAACCAGGUGCUUGAUGAGAUUGGUGUUGGUGUUGCAUCUCAGUUAUCUUCAGCUCCGAAGGGCCGGAUUGCUACAAAAACCGCUGCUCCCACUACAGUCAAUAACAAGAACGACUCGGAAUCUACCGAAGUGGAUGAUCUAGAGAGGAGGUUGGCUUCACUACGACGAAUCUGAGAGACAAUGAACCUUUCUUAUUUGCAGACCCAUCAUGCUUCAAAAGAAACAGCUUCAUGUUCUGAGAAAUCUGUAUAAUAUCUACUUAUGUAACAAACAAGUCUAAAUCGAACACACUUUACUUCUU